UCGUCUUUUUUUCAGUCGGGCGAUAUAGACAUUUGCGUGAUUGCUUGCUUUCUUUUUGUCUCUUAAAUAUUCCACCUAGCUAACGUAACGAACCAAAUAGAAACUGCGACAAAUCCUCAGUGUCCUAUUUUCUGUCUAUAGUAAUCGAAGGUCAUAAUUUUUUCACGAUAUUAAAUGUCAUAUUUUUCAUUUGCAUAAAUAGAUUGUGGUGAUCGUAAUAGUAGACUGCAGUAUAAAGUUCCAAUAUAAUGCUCAAAUAGAAACUGGAAUGGAGCGCUUCCCCUUGAAGUCUUCAGUCCCUAAAAUGGCAACAACAUACCAGUCCGUAUAUAAGAAGAUAGAAUCUUCUAUAGUCAGAAUUCAGUUACUUCACUGAUAUAAUUAUUAAAGCCAUACAAUGUUCAAGGCUGGCGGAGCUAGUAACGGGCGUGGAGUGCCCUCCCCGAGCGAGGAUGACAUGGUAGAUAUCACGCCUGUGGCGGGCCUGCAGCAAGCCGGCGACUCGACGCCCACCAACCACGGCACCUUCCAGCUGUACGAGCACUCCGGCCGCAACUCCGCCACUAGUGCCAAUUCUUACAUUGCUCAGUACUUCAGUUCGUCGACUGGGGACGCAGUCAUGUUCUCAGGAAUGCAAGCAGAUGAUGAGAUACCUGGGAUUGGUCAGUAUGAAGACUUCCACACUAUCGACUGGCAGCGCGACAUUGCUCGCGACCGCAUGCGACACAGGUAUAUUGUGAAGAAACGACAGGAUUCUAUAUGGGAUCUUAUAAAAGGAGCACAUGAUGCAUGGUCAGGAUGGGUGUGUGUCCUGCUUGUUGGUGUGUGCACAGGAGUAGUAGCGGGUGUCAUAGACAUCGGGGCGUCGUGGAUGACCGACCUCAAGUUCGGGAUCUGUCCACAAGCCUUUUGGUUCAACAGAGAACAGUGUUGUUGGUCGAGCAAUGAGACCACUUUCGACCAUGGAAACUGUUCUCAAUGGCGGACCUGGGCUCAACUAUUUGGAGAAACGCGCGAAGGUCCCGGCGCAUACAUUAUCAGCUAUCUGCUGUAUAUUGUAUGGGCGCUAAUCUUCGCCGCAUUGUCUGCCUCUCUGGUCCGUAUGUUCGCACCCUACGCUUGCGGCUCUGGUAUACCAGAAAUUAAAACGAUAUUAAGUGGCUUCAUCAUCAGGGGAUAUCUUGGGAAGUGGACCCUCAUCAUUAAAGUGGUCGGUCUUAUAUUAUCGGUAUCUUCUGGAUUGUCGCUGGGCAAGGAGGGGCCCAUGGUUCAUAUUGCUAGUUGUUUGGGGAAUAUAUUGUCGUACCUAUUUCCGAAGUACGGAAGGAACGAGGCGAAGAAACGUGAGAUCCUAUCGGCAGCCGCCGCGGCCGGCGUGUCCGUGGCUUUCGGAGCGCCUAUUGGCGGAGUGCUCUUCAGCUUGGAAGAGGUGUCCUAUUACUUUCCGCUGAAGACUCUCUGGCGAUCGUUCUUCUGCGCGUUGAUUGCAGCUUUCAUACUGCGCUCGAUCAAUCCCUUCGGAAAUGAACACUCUGUGCUCUUCUUCGUCGAGUACAACAAGCCUUGGAUAUUCUUUGAGCUCAUACCUUUUGUUGGGUUGGGUAUCAUUGGGGGCUGCAUAGCGACAAUCUUUAUAAAGGCGAACUUGUACUGGUGCCGCUACCGCAAGUACUCGAAGUUGGGCCAGUACCCGGUGACGGAGGUGCUGGUUGUAACCCUGGUAACCGCUAUCAUCGCGUACCCCAACCCGUACACCCGCAUGAACACUAGCCAGCUCAUCUACCUGCUCUUCAACCAGUGCGGCAUUUCCAACUCUGAUCCUCUAUGUGACUACGACCGCAACUUCAAGGGCGUGAACUCUGCUAUCGAGAAGGCGGCGGCCGGACCGGGCGUGUACCGCGCCAUCUGGCUGCUGCUGCUGGCGCUGGUGCUCAAGUUGGUCAUGACUGUCUUCACCUUUGGCAUCAAGGUGCCCUGCGGACUUUUCAUCCCCAGUCUCGCGCUCGGCGCCAUCACGGGACGGAUUGUUGGCAUUGGUGUGGAGCAACUAGCAUACCACUAUCCAAAGAUCUGGCUGUUCUCCGGAGAGUGUUCUACUGGCGACGAUUGCAUCACGCCGGGCCUGUACGCGAUGGUGGGCGCGGCCGCAGUGCUCGGCGGCGUCACCAGAAUGACAGUAUCCCUGGUGGUGAUAAUGUUCGAAUUGACGGGGGGCGUGCGCUACAUCGUGCCGCUGAUGGCCGCGGCGAUGGCGUCCAAGUGGGUGGGCGACGCGCUGGGCCGCCAAGGCAUAUACGACGCACACAUCGCGCUCAACGGGUACCCCUUCCUCGACAGCAAGGACGAAUUCCAACACACCUCUCUUGCCGCGGACGUCAUGCAACCAAAGCGCAAUGAAACCCUCGCAGUGAUCACGCAAGACUCGAUGACGGUAGACGAUGUGGAGACUCUCCUGAAGGAGACGGAACACAACGGUUACCCGGUCGUAGUUUCCAAGGAGUCGCAGUACCUCGUCGGAUUUGUGUUGCGCAGGGAUCUCAACCUGGCUAUUGCAAACGCUCGUCGUACAAUCGAGGGUCUGACGGGUCAGUCGCUGGUGUGGUUCUCGGGCACGGGCAACCCGCCACCGGGCCCGCCGCCUUGCCUACCCCUUAAUCGCAUCCUGGACAUGGCGCCCAUCACCGUCACCGACCAGACGCCCAUGGAGACCGUCGUCGACAUGUUCCGCAAACUUGGCCUCCGGCAGACGCUUGUUACGCAUAACGGACGCUUACUGGGGGUGAUCACCAAGAAAGAUGUGCUACGACACGUAAAGCAGAUGGACAAUGAGGACCCUAACUCUGUAUUGUUUAAUUAACUUAUUAUAAGAUGAUUUGAGUUGUCUACAAACUAAUUUUAUUUUAAUAAUUAAGGAAUCUAAAUAGUUAAAUGAAAUUUUAUUUUUAUUAAUGAAAUAAUAUUCUGCUACGAAACCACCUGGACUGGCAGCUGUCUCGCGAUGUGUAUAGACUUGUACUGUGAUACGGAUGUCGGUUCACAUAGGCACCAUCUAGAUAAGAGAUGUUAUUUAUAUGAUUUCGAGUGGCAGGAUCUAAUAUUGUUGUAAUAUAAAUCGAUUAGGAUGUGAAUAUUGACACAUGAGCCAUUGUAAGAUAUUGCUAAUCAAUGAGAUGUAAAUUUUGUAUCAAAGAAUCUUAUCCCAUACUAAUUAAUCUAUACUGAAUACAAUAUUUAAUUAUGUAGGAGUGCUAUUUAUUGUAUUUAUGCAGUGCUGUGUUAUUAUUGUUUCUACUUACGCAUGUCAUAUUUGCUCCUAAAGAUUUUUGCUAUUUGUAUAUUGGAAAUAUUUUACUGCUGGAAAUAGUAAUAGCCUCACUUGUAAAAUAACGUAAACACUACUGCAAUGUUAAUCUACGAGUGUUUUAUUUUAAUUGAAGGAAGUGGUCUCGCUAUUCAUGUAAUAUUUCUUUGUAAAAAAUAUGAACAAACUUUCUACUUUAUAUUUCAUUAUUGACGAUAAGGUUCAUGAGAUUUUAACCAAUAGAGUAUGUGAAGAGGCUUGAAAUAUCAUUUAGCAAAUUAAACGUGUGUCUAUAUUGAAUAUUUUAAUUUAUCGCAUUUUAGUAUUACAAAUGCGAGAGAAUGAAUUUCAUUACUAGCUAUUCUUAAAAUGUUUAAAAAAUACGUAUUCUGUGCGUAUAACGUGCUCGAUCGGUAUUCUUGCUCAGCGACUGGUGUCGCACACCCAAACAUAUUUUAAUUUUGUUCCGAACGAGUGCCAUUUCUAUUUUUACAAUAAUAUUCCAAUGCAGUGCGCUGGCCUUAAUAAAACGUAAUUGAUCAACCCCACUAUAUUAUCAAGUAAAUAAGUAUGCAGUCAACAUUUAUAUUAUUAAAUAUGCAGAUUACCUAAGUUACUAAAUAGAUUACAUGUUAUAUAUUUAUUUCCUCAUAAUACUCUGUUACAUGGGUAGUUUUUAGCGUAGUUACAGUAUUAAAGCAAUCGAUAUAUAAAUGUCAUAUUAAAACUUUAUUUAAGAAAGUAAAAUAAGUUUGCUGCAUUGAAAUCGCAACAGUACGUGUCGUCGGCGCAUGAGGCCAUGUUUGAUUUUGUUUUAUUGUACAGUAUGAAUGUUGUAUUACAUUAUAUACAAUUGUAUUUUUAUAUAAAAUGACUGAGAAUUUAAAAUUAUAUUUGUUAGGGAUUUGUAAAUAUACAUUAAUAUUGUAUACACAAAUGUACGAGGCGCAUCCAACUGAUGUGCUAUUUUGUAUUAUGUAAAAUCUACAUAGGAAUAAUUACAAUAUAUUAGUCAAUCAGCGAUGUCUUUAUACAUAUAAAUGUGCAAUAUUGAUUUAAAGUCACAUAUUGCCGUUGCGCUCUUGAUAAUUAUAUACUAUUAGUAAACAUAAAACUUUAUUGUUGUGAAUCAAAUGGUUUUUUUAAAUCUAUUUUUAUUCGCGAUUCGUGAUUAAUGCAUAAUCGAGCAAUGAACGUUAGCACUGUUAGAUCUCAGCAAUAAGAAUAUCGAGUAUCUAUAAUGUUUACAAUGUAUAUCGACAUGUUGCGUUUUUCGUAUAAAGAUAUAUGUCGUCAUUGAGUUUAGGAGAUAUUAUUGAAAUAUAAAGUAUAAUUAAAUCA